UAUUCCAGUGGCUUUUGGCUGGCUUGAGCAAAGACACCACAUCCAGCUGCACUGUGGAGUCGCCGGCACACGCGCAUCUGCGGGAAUGGAGUGAACGGAGGGUGUGUAUUGGGCUGGAUACGGCAAAAAAAGGUCACAUCUGCAGCCUGAACUCGGAUAUUUUGAAAACUGCAGAGUAACAAAAAUAGACAUGGAUUGUAAGGAGGAGAUCAGUGACUCUGAUAGCGGGAUCAUUUUAAACUCUGGCCCAGACAGUCCUACGUCUCCGGUGAAGGACCUGAGCACUCACACGCGUGCCAUGAGGCUGAAGCAGCAGGCCCUUGAGGACAGACUGGAGCUUUGUGUCCUGGAGCUAAAGAAACUCUGCAUUAGAGAGGCUGAGCUGACUGGAAAUUUGCCCUCCGAUUACCCUCUCCUGCCUGACGAGAAGCCUCCGCAGGUCCGGCGACGCAUCGGAGCCGCUUUCAAACUGGAUGAGGGUUUUAUUUCACAAGAUGGCGAGGAGUCUGAGCUGCACGCGCUCGAGGCUGAUCUCGCCCUGCAGCGGCAGAUUUAUGAGGCAGCCCGAAAGCUCUCCCUCGAGGAGCACAUCAGCAAACCGGUGAGGAAAAGCCGACUGCAGCAGUGUAAACGUGAAGAGAAGAAGCUGAAAGAGCUGCAGGAUGCGAUACUGAAACACCGCAUCAACCAUGGCUGUGUCUCUCCACAGACCUGCUAUUCUUCCAGACAGAGAGAUCUUUGUAUGUCUGAUGACAGCUCGCUGUCUGAUGCUGUUGCCUUAGAUGAUGACUCAGACUCUGCUCCCUUUUCUCCAGCCGUUCUGGGGUCUUCCACAGACAGCGGUUUCCAGUGUCUGACUCUCUUGCCCAAUAACGGCCCAAAGCAAUCGAGCUCCAGUUCCAGUCUGGACUAUGAUGCCUCGCCCAUCCAGAACUCUCCAUGGAAGGAGUCCAGCUUGGACCAGCCCUACCAGAAACAAAAACCUUCUCACUCUGCCUGCAGCAGCCGCUCAAGCAGUCCAACAGGCUCACCAACAGACACAAGAAUGGCAGAACUUCCUCCAGCACCCCAGUUUGUGUUUAAGAGUCUGCCAGUGCGAAACAAUCAGCCAAACAGCGCCCCCUCCACCCCAGAGCUGCCACUGCGUCGACAGUUCUCACAGUCCUUCAGGCUUCCCAGAAGCAAACCAGAAUUGACCAAGGCCAGCUCAGACCUGGGACGGGGCCGGACCAAGUUGCCGCGACAACGAGUGACCGAUGUCGCAUUAGCCUACUCAGUUCAACGUUUAUAUCAGUGCAGCUCUGAAGACAGCAGCUCCGAGCUUUCCAUUUCCUCAUACAGCAGUUCCUCCAGCCGAGAGACGACCACCGAGGCACCUAAACCCUAUCCGCCUCCAUACGGCUACCAUCGCACCGCUCCAAAUAAAGGACCAAGCCAGCUCAACACCUACAGUACACUCAAAAACAACAACAAAAACCCACCUCACCUCGUGCCUGGCCCCAAUCGCACCGCUCCAAAUAAAGGACCAAGCCAGCUCAACACCUACAGUACACUCAAAAACAACAACAAAAACCCACCUCACCUCGUGCCUGGCCCCAAUCGCACCGCUCCAAAUAAAGGACCAAGCCAGCUCAACACCUACAGUACACUCAAAAACAACAACAAAAACCCACCUCACCUCGUGCCUGGCCCCAAUCGAGUGAAGAUUAGCAAUGGGACACCACUUCAGGCAGACAUGGCAAGGCUGCAACUCAGACAGAAUUCACAAUCUGAUGCUGUACAUACUAAUAAACCCCAACAAGUCGAGGUUAUCUCACCCAAACGAAUGCUCAAGCCUCCCCCGCCAUACACAAAGGUGGUCCGCACGACGUCACUAAGAGAAUAUCCCAACCACCCCAGCCGUGUGCUUCCUCGAGAUGUGGUAUCAGGGGAGCUUAAAACCUGGCACCAGAAAACCAAUAUAAUCAUAUCCAAACCCCGCUCACUUGAACGGCAAGGAUCGAUUCGAAUCAAGCGCCCAGUGCCGCCACCCUACCACCAGAUUCCCUCUCAUAAACAGGUUUCUCAGAAGGUGAUUCUGCAAAGGGCUUCGGAUGGAACGCCGCUGCAGUGGUACGAAGAGGAAGACUCCGAGAUUGUGAGUCAGGUGUAACCAGGUAGAAGAAACCUGGAGGAGAUGACACAGAGAAUAAGCGAACUCUUAUUGUACAUGUCUUUAUUUUUAUUUAUUGAGCCAAUGGACUCACCGAUGUAGUCUGAUUAUGUUCAUUCUCACCGAGACUUUUUGACCAAGUUGGAGCUGAGCCUCGAUUCUAUAUAUGCCUACAUUUGUGAUUAAAUUUCAAGUCUAAGACUUCCUUGUAAGGCAUCAUGCCAGAUUAUUAUGAUGAAUGUAUAAUAUAAUCGUGCUUUUAUUGAUGUCAGUAGAGUGUGGCCCACCUUUUGCAAAAGAAUGCCCUCACAGAAAUGACAUCUUUUAGUAUGUAUUUGUGUCUUGUACACGAUUCUUCAUAAUUAAUGUAUUAUGUAAUGUCUUAGUUUC